UCUCUCAAACCUCUCUGAGAUUCUCCAUCUCUCUUUCUCUGCAACUCUCACUCUCUCUCUUUCUCGAUGGAAAAUGCAUAGCAUCCACCCCCUCUACGCUACCUCCUCUCGCUUCCGCCGCUUCCCCAAGUCCUUCUCCCUUCGCCGCAAGGUCCCCUGGUGGGGCCAGAUCCUCGACCCUGGCUCCGAGCUCGUCACCCGAUGGAAUCACUUCUUCCUCGUUACCUCCCUCCUCACCUUGUUCCUCGACCCUCUCUACCUCUUCGUCCCUGUCAUCGGCGGCCCCGCCUGCAUGCAGAUCGACCUUGGACUCGGCAUCGUUGUCACCUUCUUGCGAACCGCCGCUGACCUCUUCCAUGUCCUCCACAUGAUCAUGAAGUUCCGCACCGCCUUCGUGGCGCCCAGCUCCCGAGUCUUCGGUAGGGGCGAGCUCGUCAUGGACCCGUCCGCCAUCGCCAUGCGGUAUUUGAAAACUGAUUUCGUGGUUGAUCUCGCCGCCACGCUGCCGCUGCCACAGAUUGUCAUAUGGUUUAUAAUUAAUCCAGCAAUGAAAAUCCCAACAGCUGCUUACACGAAUCACACUCUUUCUCUGAUUGUCCUCGUUCAGUAUGUUCCACGAUUUUUUGUUAUUUUUCCUUUGCACAGGCGGAUAAUCAAGACUUCCGGAUCUAUAGCAAAGACUGCUUGGGCAGGGGCAGCUUACAAUCUCCUUCUCUACAUCUUAGCUAGCCAUAUUUUCGGAGCUUCGUGGUAUGUGUUGUCGAUUCAGAGACAGCAUCAGUGCUGGAGUCUACAAUGCAGAGAGGAGAUGAAUGCCACUCACUCUCCGUCUUGUAAUCCAUUGUUUCUUGAUUGCAAUAGUCUGGACAAGCCCGAACGUCGUUCUUGGCUGAAUGCCACUAAAGUGCUCUCUAGUUGUGAUGCUCAGAACGAUUACUAUUUCCAGUUUGGAAUAUUUGCCGACGCCUUUACAAAUGAGGUCGCUUCCUCGAAUUUCAUUGAGAAGUACUUUUAUUGCCUCUGGUGGGGUUUGAGGAAUUUAAGUUCGUAUGGGCAAAAUCUUGUUACAAGCACCUUUAGCGGUGAGAUUUUGUUCAGCAUGCUUAUCUGCAUAGCUGGCCUUGUUCUGUUCUCCCACCUCAUAGGCAACAUGCAGAACUAUCUACAAUCUACAACAGCAAGACUAGAAGAAUGGAGGGUCAAACGAAGGGAUACAGAGGAGUGGAUGAGGCACCGUCAACUACCUCCAGAGUUGCAAGAACGUGUUCGUCGGUUUGUUCAGUACAAAUGGCUUGCCACGAGAGGUGUAGAUGAAGAAUCCAUUUUGCGCUCUUUGCCCUUGGACCUCCGUCGUCAAAUUCAAAGACAUCUUUGUCUGGCCCUUGUUCGCCGUGUUCCCUUUUUUGCACAAAUGGACCAGCAGCUCUUAGAUGCCAUAUGCGAACGCCUUGUCUCAUCUUUGAAUACCAAGGACACGUAUAUAAUCCGGGAGGGUGAUCCAGUGAACGAGAUGCUAUUCAUCAUUCGAGGCCAACUAGAGAGCUCCACAACCGAUGGUGGUAGGUUAGGAUUUUUCAAUUCUAUUACCCUCAGAGCCGGUGACUUUUGUGGAGAAGAGCUACUGACAUGGGCUCUAAUGCCCACCUCUAAUCUCAACCAUCCAUUAUCAACUCGAACUGUCAAGUCCCUUACUGAAGUCGAGGCAUUUGCACUUCGAGCUGAAGACCUCAAGUUUGUUUCCAGUCAGUUUAAGCGCCUCCAUAGCAAGAAACUCCAGCAUGCUUUCAGGUACUACUCCCACCAGUGGAGGACUUGGGGAGCUUGCUUUUUACAAGUUGCAUGGAGACGGUACAUGAAAAGAAAGAAAGAAAUGGAGUUGGCAAGACAAGAGGGCUUAUACGAUACACAUGCUUUGGACCAUGAGUUUAAUUAUAGGGAUGGAUCAGGUGCAGAUUAUGAGAAUAGUGGUGCCGCUAACUUGUCAGCUGGUGAGAAUGCACAUAAUGCCCAGCACUUAGGAGCUACAGUUCUGGUUUCCAAAUUUGCUGCAAACACCAGAAGAGGGAUUCAACACAAGUCUGAUCCAACCAGCUUACAGAUUCCCAAGCUGUUUAAGCCAGUGGAGCCAGAUUUCUCAUCAGACACUGAAGAUACUUGAGCAAUCUAUAACAGAACAGUUCACAAAAUAGGGUAUAGCCAAAAUGCUUGCAACACUCAUGUAAGUCUGCAUGGCGUGUAGAAUAGCUAAAUUUAUUAAAUGCAUAUUAUUGUAUAUAACUAAUUAAGCAUAUCUUGAGCCAUUAUACAAUAAAUAAAACCUUUAAAAAAUAGUGUCAAAAGUA